AUGCCGAAUUUUCAGAUCACCCCUGGGAUAGAUUGCGAAACUAGCCAGAAAACAACGACCAUGGAUUCUGACCAAGUCCCUCAACAUCACGACCUGACGAACCAAACCUUGCCUGCACCUGCAACCACAUGCCAACCAGGCGAAUGGGGCUACCUGCCCCCAGAGAUGCGCAACAAGAUCUUGAGAUUCAUUGCAAAGAAGAAAAAUGCCGGCUGGGCUACCUCUGCGGCCACUUGCAAAGAAUUUCAAGCCGUCAUAGCAAAGGAGAACUUCAGACGACUGAAGGUAACUGCAGACUCUGUGGACGGUCUUGCUAGAAUCAUAUGCCAGAGUCUCCUCGUCGAGCACAUUUGGCUAAAGAUCGAGCUCCCGCCUUAUCGGUGUCCUUCCUGCGACGAGACUGAAAUUCGGCCAACGGAGCUACAGGCUCGGUGUAUCAUUUGGCGCGCAAUACACACACUCUUUACCAUCCUGAGCAGGUGGUCUCUGGUGAAAUGCCUCAAGUUGGAACUCAGCGUGUACUCGCCCAGUGACUCGGAGCACUCUCUCAAGAACUAUAUCCUCGACUGCGACCACGACGAGGGAUACCGGCUUCCGUCUCUGGCCCGCGGGACGAUCCCCGCGAUACAUGACCCGUAUCAUGGUUGGGUCAACGGGCUUCAGAUGAUUCCAAGUAUGCCUGCGGUUCGUCGGGUCUAUAGUCAGUUUGGCAUGUGUCAUUCGACCGAUUUUCCUGUUGUUAUGGCAGUGACCGGUUUCGUCAUCCGUCGGCAGGUCCGCCGUUGGUGUGAAAUCGAGUACCUGGAAUGCAUGUUCAGAAGCCUUCCUCGGCUGGAAAGUAUAGAACUUGAGGUGUGGUCAUUGAAGCCACAUAAUUGCAGAGGGAGGUACACAGAAGGGGUUGAACGUUUAAUGGGAGCGACGCUUCCCUUUAGUGUCAAAAGAAUAGUCGUUUUCGAAGACACUGAUCACUACCUUGCCCAAGGACCGCAAUACGAUCGGUAUUAUUCUGGCCCAACAGCACAAUAUCCUGGGGCCUCCCGCGUAGGCAGAGCCUUUGCCUUGAGAAGCUUCUACCUGGACCAUCUCUCUGCGGCAUACAUGAUUGAUGCGAAGCACUUCUUUCGAGAGGCACCCCCAGUGUGGACUUGGUACAGUUUGGAGUCAUUGGUGUUAACGGCUGAGCUUUUCGGGGAUGAAGUGACUGAGCGGGGUGUUAAACAACUGCUGAGUGAUGCUGGAGGAGCUGCGCUUCGGAUGCCAAGACUCCAUGCUAUGGUAUUGUGGAAUGCCGACAGGGAAGCAGCUUGUGCAUUUAUAUACCAGAGGAAAAAUGGUAUCUCGUCGCUAACCUGGCGUGGCACAUGGCGUCUGGAACUUAGACCAGACGUGACCAAGGUAUGGGAGCGGGUUGCUGUCAAGUUUGGGUAUCCUGAGCUACAGACUUAUACAAUUUCGGCGAAGAAGAGCCUGAUCAAAUGUCACGGGGAUGCGAUUCGGGUAUUGGGGCUUCCUUUCCGUGUGAUGGAUCGCGUAUCGCUGUGGCAGAAGCGAAAAGAGGAAUUGGCACGACGUGAGAUCUCGCGACCUCCAAGUUGA